ACCAAACAAACAGAGGCUACAAGAGUACAGCGAGACAUGUGAGACAGAUCCCUCCUCCAUGGAGCACAGCGACGGCAAAACCGCCGCCAAGCGAACCAGGCUCUCCGCUGCCGCCGCCGGUGGCGGAGGCACGGACGACCUCCUCAGCGCGCUGCCCGAUGACUUGGUUCUCCACAUCCUUCACACGCUCCGCGAUUCCCCCGUCGCCGCCCGAACCAGUCUCCUAUCCCGCCGCUGGCGCCGCCUCUGGGCCCUUCUCCCGGAGGUCUACUUCCCCGGAUACACCGCCCCCCACCUUAUAGCCCCUGCCCUCGCCGCCCAUGAAGCGCCGACCCUCCAUCACCUCGUCGUCUUCGUCCAGGACGCCCCUGCCGACUCCAUGGCUGCCUGGCUCCCCAUUGCUUCACGCCGCCUCUGCGGCGAUCUGUUCUUCGACAACAAGGUGCAGCAGAAUGGUGGGCGGGAUGAGGCCGGGGAAAGAGGGGCCUUUGAGCUGCCCUGCUUCGAGAAUGCCACCUUGCUCUCGCUCCACCUAGGGUUUCUCGGCCUCGCGGCGCCGCCUACCGGGGUAUUCGCCCGGCUCACCAAUCUCUGCCUCGUUCAGUUCCGGCUACACGGUCCGUGCCAGCUCGGGGACGCCUUCUCCUCUCCGCGGUGCCCGGCCUUGCGAGAACUCACUGUCUGCGAUGCCCGAGGCCUGGACAAUUUCUCCAUACAUUCGGAGUCUCUAAAGCAAAUAAAGCUCAGGAAAUUGCGGGGCCUGCAGCGCCUCACUGUUGUGUCGCCGGCACUCAAAGAGUUAACUGUCUUCUACAGCUUUGCUAAUGCCCCUGCUGCGACUCAACCGGUUGCCACCAUCUCAGCCCCUCGGCUGGUGUCGCUCGAGUGGGGUGAUGCUUAUGAUCCAGUCUCUGUCCAGCUUGGCCAAAUGGCACAUCUUCAAUGGCUGGGCACAAGCUUUUACGUUGUAUAUGGACCAAAUGGCGUUGAACACAAUCGCGGUUUGAUGAGGCUCUUGCGGCACUUUAAGGCCAUCCACAGUUUGAGACUUACACUCAACUAUCAGCGGGACCUAAGUAACAGGCAAUACUUGAUGGAGGAUAUGACAAUGCUCCCAGUCAUUUCAUUAUUGAGCAUUGGUGUAAUAGCACAUGGACAUACCUGUGGAGCCAGCUUAUUCCAUGUUCUCAAGAUGUGCACCGGUGUAAGAAGGCUGAUCCUAACAUUAAAUCCUCAUACCAAUUUGGAGGUACAAACAUGUCCACUAGGUUGCAUAUGUGAUCAGCCACUAAACUGGAGAUCUGAGGAGCUUGUGCUGGAUUGCCUCCAAGAUGUAGAAAUCAGAGGGCUGAGAGGAACCGAAUGGGAAGUAGCUCUGGUGGAACGGUUAUUCGGCUGGUCUACAGCACUAAAGACGGUGAAAGUAGCUUUCUUUCAAAUAAUGACUGAAAGCAGGGCCAAGGAGUUGCGCCAGACGUUACUACUCUUGUCCAGUCCAGACACACGAUUGACAUUUUAGGUGUACACUGCGGUUCCUGUUCAGUAUGUUGUAGAAGACAUGUUAAGCUCCAGGAGUGCAAGAGACGGCUGUUGCCAUGCUCAAGAGUGGCGAUGCAUUUUUCUUGUGAGAUGGUGAAUAAUUUGCUUUGAUUUGUGUAGAACAGCGUAGUCCUUGUUACGCAGUUCUUGAAUCCGAUGUUGAGACUUA